CUGAGCACGGGCAGUGUGCGCGGCUGUGGACAGCAGUGGGUGCUGAAACAGGAGUGAGUGUGAGUAAUCCUACAGGCUAUUCUGCUAUUCAUGAACCUCUUCACUCGAGUAGGGGAGGAUCGCGGAUCACCUUGCACUCAAGUAUUUAUGGAGAGUGCUAUUGGCAUUACAAACAUCCAUAAGUAAGCCGGAGGUCUGCAAUUCUAUGCGCGGUCACGCUUUUCUCCGUCUGGCCACACUGUAUACAUGCCAUAAAUGCCUAGAAAAGCCAGGACUCCUCCAACUCCGAAUGUGAUGCAUCUGUACGACAGGAAAAUCACUCGACUAAGAUGGGUAAUAAGCAGACGAUAUUUACUGAUGAACAGCUAGACGCCUACCAGGACUGCACCUUUUUUACACGCAAGGAAAUCCUUCGGUUACAUGGAAGAUACCAUGAACUGGCUCCGCAUUUAGUUCCCAUGGAUUACACAAAUGAUCCUGAUGUUAAAGUCCCUUUAAGCCUCAUAGUCAAUAUGCCAGAGUUGAAGGAAAAUCCAUUCCGUGACAGGAUUGUGGAGUCCUUCUCCGAGGACGGCUUGGGGAACCUCAGCUUCAACGACUUUGUCGACAUGUUCUCAGUUCUGAGUGAAAUGGCCCCCCGAGAGCUAAAGGCCAUUUAUGCUUUUAAAAUAUAUGAUUUCAAUGUGGAUAAUUAUAUCUGUAAGGAGGACCUUGAAAAGACUCUGAACAAGCUGACGAAGGAGGAGCUGACUCCUGAGGAGGUGAACUUGGUGUGUGAGAAGGCGAUUGAGGAGGCUGACUUGGAUGGAGACAGCAAGCUUUCCUUCUCUGACUUUGAAAACAUGAUUUCCAGGGCUCCUGACUUUUUAAGCACCUUCCAUAUACGAAUCUGAGAGGGCUUCUACUUCAUCAACAGAGAUUCUUUGGAGUCCCUGACUACAACUUGAAUCCUUCUUGAAAAACCAUGGACACAUAUAUAGUGCAUAGCAGUGCCUGUCCUCUACAGCUCUGAAGAGUUUUCUCUUGGUCCUAUUCGAACAGCACUCACUUAUUGGGGAAGCUGGAUUCUGGCUCUGGAAAUAUUUCUUUUCUUUUUUUUCUGAGGAAGCACACUUUAGACUGAGGAAUGCUGAGAAAAUGCAUGACUAUUUUUCCUACUGGAAAGAUUCUGCAGUUGGCUCAGAUUCUCAGAGCGGAAGUAAAAAUGCCUGGAGGUUGAACAUCUGUGUGGGCAUUUCUCAUAUCCAUGUGGCGUUUGGGGAAGACUCCACUGGAAUAUGGACAUAUGGUGUUAUGCUUGUUUCUUUGUCAUACAAUGUCCAUGGCACCACUAAAUACAUCAGACACUCUCCUCCUGUUGUCUCCUCUCAUUUAAAAUUAGGAAAGGUGUGGUGGAGUGAAGGACAAAAUAAAGAAGAGAGAAAAUACAGGAUGUAGAGAUUGACAGGAGAGAGAGAGAGAGAGAGAGAGAGAGAGAGAAUGAGGGCUAAAAGCACAGCACUGGCAUCACAGUCAAAAAAGACAGUCUUAUCUUUUAUACAGCUAUGCAAUCUUUCUCCAUGAAAUGCAUGAGUUGCAUUCAUUUUGCCCUCUGCUAUAAAUUGCUUUUGCUGUAUCUGAUUCUCUUAGUUGUCUUACUGCUUAUAGGACUGGAGCAUGACGACAAUCAUAUCAAACUGUUCUCCAGUUGUACCAAGGGCUCUGUCAUCUUUUCUUACAUUCAGCCAUUCAGAAACUAUACAUUUUUAUUGUGCUCUUACAUUCUCGUUUUGCUGUUUGAACCUGAUGUGUGUUAGCGCCACCUCUUAAUCUCUUAAUGUCAACCCUUUUUUCAAUGUAAUAGAGGGCAUUUGACUUAACUUUGAAUAAAACGUUUUCUGCUG